UGCCUUGCUUGUCCAUUGGCGCGAUCCUAUCGUGGUCGUCUCUUGUGUGGGUCCAAAAAAACCGACGGUAUAAAUAUUACCCUAAACCGGCGGUUUAACGCCUUGUUAAUCAGCGCCGUUCGAUAUUUCUUUUUUAUGGCUUGAACCCCCAAACAAGCGAUCUCCAUACCAUUAGCGAGCGGUGCAUAGCGUAAAGUAACACACUAAACCCCCAGAGUCCCCGUCGGUGGGAGUACUGAACAUCGUGCUUUGCCGGCGAACGGUGAAUUAGUUCAUUUUCGUCGUUCGAGUUUAUUCGAUUAGUCUUCUGUCACAGUCAACCGGUUGAUGCAGUUCUGAUUUCUUAAUACAUUGAAGUUCUGGUGACUGAUUAUUGUAUUUCUGCGCGUUUCCUGCCAUUUUGCUUCGUUAUGAAACGCCUCGGCUGGCUAGGGCUGUGCCGGCGGCAAUUACUUUCAUCUGAAGGCGUAGGGCCGUCCAUUGACUUACGACUCUCGCUCGGAAAAGUUCCAUCAUUACGCCAGUUUUUUACAUGUGCUAGAGGUUCUACAUGUACAUCAGCGUUGCAAGCAUUUCCUUCUGCCGUAGGGAACGGUCCUGACUUUGCCACAGCAUUUCCGGGGAGUAGACAUUUCAUACAUAGCACAGGAUCAUGUUGUUCUAUCGAACGAGAUUACUAUGAAAUUCUGGGGGUUCAACACAAUGCCAGUCGAGAAGAGAUUAAAAAGGCAUAUCAUGCGUUGGCAAAAAAGUACCAUCCGGAUGCUAAUAAAAACAAUCCUUCUGCCAAAAGGAAAUUUCAGGAGAUAAGAGAAGCCUAUGAGACUCUGCAGGAUUCUGAGAAGAGAUCCCAAUAUGACCAGAGGCAUGGUGGAGAGUCUGAGAAUGUAGGGUUUGGUGCUGGUGAUGCGGAGGGGUUUAGCUAUACUUAUCGUACCCAUUUUUCUGACUCAUUUCAAAAGAUUUUCUCCGAGAUCUUUGAACAUGAGACCGGUCGUCUUCCCUCAGAUAUUCAGGUUGACCUGCUGUUAUCUUUUGCUGAAGCUGCAAAAGGAUGCACUAAGGAUUUGUCCUUUGAUGCUCUGGUUCCCUGUGAUUCUUGCUAUGGGCGUGGCUAUCCAGUAAAUGCAUCGAAAAGAAGCUGCCCUACUUGCAGAGGUUUAGGUAGAGUUACUAUUCCUCCAUUUACAUCGACGUGCACCACUUGCCGAGGAUCGGGUCAAAUCAUUGAGGAAUCAUGUGGGCAAUGCAGGGGAAUGGGGGUUGUGGAGGGUGUCAUGAAGGUUACAGUUACUAUACCUGCUGGGGUUGAUUCUGGAGAUACCAUUCGUGUACCAGAAGCUGGUAAUAGUGGCGGAAGAGAUACUCAUCCUGGCAACUUGAUCAUUAAAUUGAAGGUUGCUGAAGAUCAUGUCUUUAAGAGAGAUGGUGUGGAUAUAUAUGUGGAUUCUAAUAUCAGCUUUACUCAAGCUAUUCUUGGGGGCAAGGUUGAGGUUCCAACAUUGUCAGGCAGGAUGCAAAUAGAACAGGUACCAAAAGGCGUUCAACCAGGACAGCUAUUAACACUGAGAGGGAAAGGAUUGCCGAAACAUGGAUUUUUUGUUGAUCGUGGAGAUCAGUAUGUGCGAUUCCGUAUUAAAUUUCCAACUGAAAUAAGUGAACGCCAGCGUGCCAUUUUAGAAGAGUUUGCUGAAGAAGAAAUAAAGCAUGGGAUUGGCAACUCAAAUGAAGCAAGUUGGCUUUAUCAGCAGCUCUCUACUGGUUGAACUUUCAGGUGGCAACGAAUUGUUAACCAUGUUGGGGAACCUAUGUUUGUUCUUGAACUGUCCCUAUUAAUCUUGAUCGCUGUGCUCCUAACUUCAAAUGGCUGAAUGAGGUCCAGAGAUUUCGGUGGUAGAUAUAUUUGUAAGUCACUAUUGAAGUGGGUAGUCGAUCUAUUCAUUCAAUAAAGUACUGUUGAUAGAUACAAGGUCAAUUUUUUGGUACCUGAGUUGCGGAUUCGAAUUUGUAGAUUACCCGAGUGAACUUAGUUGAGAAAUUUUACACAUAGAUAUUACAAUGAGUUGAUGGAAGAUCUCUGAAUGUCUUUCUGUGGAAGGAAGGAAGGAAGGAAGGAAGGAAGGAAGGAAGGAAGGAAGGAAGGAAGUUGGUAUCUUUUCUUCGUUUCUCCGUAAGCUUUCAUGUAGUUGAGGACUACUGUAGGCAUUUUGAGAUUCUCAGCGGCUCAGGCUUUUGCUAUGAAUUCUUACAACUGACUCAGAAAUACAAACUGUUUGAAUCAGCGACUUCAUAUAUCAAUGGUAACAACAUACUAACUAACAUUGUAUUAUACUUAUGCUGAUCACUCCAAUCUUUCCUUCUCCAUCUCCAUCUCCGUUGUAUCUGUCUGGACUCUUCUAUGGCUACAAUUUGAACUUGAUUCCUAUAGUUUUUCAAUAGCAACAAUAAUGAUUGAUGAAAGACAAUUUUACACAACACAAA